CAUGUCCCCCAACGUUUCACAGACUUCCAUGACCACACCAAGUGCAGCGUUGAAGCGAGCCUACAUAGCCCUGGGCAGCAACAUGGGCGGCCGUGCUCAGAAUAUCCACCAGGCUCUCAAAUGCAUAGCCUCCGAUGGAUUAGGUAUAGUAUCAAACACGUCAUUCCUAUAUCAGACUAAGGCUCAGUAUGUUACUGACCAGCCCGAUUUCCUCAACUGCGUGCUGUCACUGGACACAGCGCUGCCCCCUCAUGACUUACUCGCUAAGCUCAAUGAAAUCGAGAACAAGAUGGGCAGGGUCCGAACUCUACGUUAUGGUCCACGGCCGAUCGACUUGGACAUUCUCCUCUAUGGUAAUGACGUGGUGGACACUCCGGACCUCAACAUACCCCACGAGCGCAUGCACGAGCGGGAUUUCGUCCUAGCACCUUUGAGGGAUCUGCUACCGGCUCAGUGGAGCCAUCCGGUCCUCGCCAGGACCUUGGGUGAACUGAUCAGUUCAUUACGAACUAUGGAGCAGUGUCACAGAGUCCUCCCUGUGGGGAAAGACCGAUUGCUGGAUUGGGAUGCAGGCAAGACUUUCAUAAUGGGCGUCUUGAACGUGACUCCGGACUCCUUCUCGGACGGUGGUCUAUACAACACUGUAGAGAAAGCAGUGAAGCAUGCAAGAACGCUGAUGGAAAGUGGCGCCGACAUCCUCGACAUCGGUGGGGAAUCCACACGGCCAGGCACCAACAGCUUGCAGGCUUUGGACGUUAGUGAAGAGCAGGCGAGAGUCUUACCAGUCAUCAAGGCCGUUCGAGAGGACUUGGGUGACCAUGUCCUGUUGAGUAUCGACACACGUAAUGCAAGUACAGCACGGAAAGCAGUCGAGGCGGGCGUUGAUAUGGUCAAUGAUGUCUCGGGUGGCCUCUGGGAUGAGAGUAUGUUGCCUACCGUAGCCGAGCUUGGUGUACCCUACGUCUGCAUGCACAUGCGUCCCCAUGGUCAGGCAGAAUAUCCAAACGGUGUCGUUAACGAAGUCCAUGAAGUCCUGACUACUCAAGUGAAUGCUGCAAUGAAGGCUGGCAUCCCCCGCUGGAACAUCAUAGUCGACACCGGGCUCGGUUUCGGCAAGUUCGCCAACCACAACUUCCAGUUGCUGAGGCACUACAAGGAAGCUCUUCCCACUACCCUCUCCAGAGUGCCAUGGCCUUCCCUGAGCGGUCCGUCACGCAAGAGAUUCGUUACUGACCGUAAUGACCCUCCAGAAGACAUCUGGGACAUGGCUGCGUUUGGCACGGGCGCUGCUGUUGUUGCCUCCAUAGAGAAAGGCGCCAACAUCGUUCGAGUGCAUGACGUUAAAAAGAUCCAGCGAGUGUGUAUGGUAGCGGACAAGGUCUAUAGAGUUCCCGACGAAGAAAUCGGAGUCGAGUAA